UGCAGAGCGCAGUGAGGAGAAGCAGAGCGUCAGUCAGUGCGCUGGAUGUGGAGAGAGGCUGCAGCUCCGUCUCCUCUCAGGUACCUCACUCCUCUGCCCGACAGGAACUCACCUGGAUCUUAAAAUACCACAGAAAGACAGAAAGAGACCCUUCCAAACGCGGUGUCCUCCACCCGAUGUGAAAAGAAGCGAGGGGAGCAGAUCUACACCAGAAGAGAUGGGAGCGUUUCGGCUGCUGCUGAGGAGUUUGCAUUUCAUGGUGGGACUCUACAUCCAACUUAGUGUCGCCACGAGGCAGGCUGGGCACGGGGAGGUGGAGAACCACAUCUCCGGGAACGCCAUGUUCACAGAGGUGCCUCAUGACAUGACAGCCCAGAGAGGGCAGGAUGUGGAGAUGGCCUGCUCCUUCAGAGGGGCCGGGAUGCCCUCGUAUUCACUGGAGAUCCAGUGGUGGUACAUCAGGAACCACCUGGACUGGACAGACACACAACCCUGGACAACCAAUGAAGUGGCUCCAGAGGAGGACAUGCCAAAGGAUGCUACAAAGAUAAGUGUUGUGAAGGUUGUAGGAAGCAACAUCUCCCACAAACUCCGCCUCUCCCGAGUCAAGCUGUCCGACGAGGGCACCUACGAAUGCCAUGUCAUCGACUUCAGCGAUGACGCCGGGGCCCGCCACCACCGCGUCAGGGCCUACCUGCAGGUGGUGCCGCCCGGUGACAUCAUCGACAGCACGCACAACAACAACUUUGAGGCCGUGGACGACACCAAGAGAGGAGUGGCGUUCGUUGACGGUGACAACUUGGAUUCUCACGGCAGUGGAGGGAGAGAGCACGCCCACGGCCACCACCAUAAUCACGGGCCCCACCAGGAGCACAGCAAGCAGCCUUCGUCAUCGCCGGCUCACCAAGGCCACAGCGGCAGCAGUCAGCAGCACAAGGCGGGCAGAGAGCUCAAGAAGAGGGACGUGGACAGUAACAACAGCCACAAUGACUGCACCAACGAGCCAAGCUGUGCGCUGUAGAUGUCGGCUCAUUACACCUGAGUGACAGAUUACAUGAGGAUUGCAUAACAUGAUGUGCGUCACAGCAUAAAAAGCUAUUCUUCCCACACAGUGCAGGCCUGUGCACGAAUCCCCAAUCCCUAGAAAUGUACAGUAUGGUUUAUUAGAGCACGGAGCUGUGGGCUGUGCAGGGAACGUAGCUUUUUUUGCUGGGUCUGGGUCCGACUGCUCACUGUCUUUAAAGCCUGGCUUCACGACAUUCAGCAUAGGGGGUGCUGACGUGUAGAUCCAGGCAGGGCCUACCUGUUCCUGGUCUCAGCACCAACACAAAAAAAAAAACUGCCCUCCUAUUAACCCAUGCUCUGUUCCACUCUUGUACUUUAUACACAAUCCCGCUUUCAUGCUCAAACUUCUUCCACUGCCUUACUCUGUCAUGUGAUACUCCCUCAGAAAAAGCAUAGGCUAAAAUUAUACCCUUUGAAACUGGGUAUAUCCACAGUUAAAGAAAUCGUUCCUUUCAUUCUGAGAGUGCACUGAGUGAAAUUCGACCAUUAGUAAUUCUUUCCUUGAAAAGCAGAAGCUUCAUUACAUCUUUUUGUUCAGUAAAAUAAUGGUCAUGAAUGUGGUGCAAAGUUUAUCAAGGAUGAAUAAUACGUCCUCUUUUCAGUUCAGUUGGAGUAAAUACAGUGGAAGUGUGGAGAGCAUGGGAUUUCUACAGCCAUGAUUGUGCAGAAUUCUAACAAGCCACAUUACAGGCUGUAUUUCCCCCCCACAGCACUCAAAAGUGCUGUGGGGUGCAACAGUGUGAAUUUUGUUUAUCCACCCCUCGUGCUGCAGGUUCGAUCGAUUCAUGGCUGUUCAGGCAGAGAAAUCAAUGGAAUUGUUCCACGCGGACGUUACCUUUUUGGAGAGCCAUGAAAAGAUCAAAUCCGUACGACCAAAUUAAAAUUCUAAUUUUGAAUCUGGACUAGAAAGGAAUAGAAAAAAAACGGAUCUUGGUGCAAGGUGGCUCUGGCCCAGUGCUCAUCAAUCAUUAAAAAGCCUCAAUCCUCUCCACUACAAGCCUCUAAUCCACUCUGUAUAUAUGACUGUAUAAUAUGAAAUAAAGUGAGUGCAUGUUCAGCAAUUUUCUUAAAAAACUUUUUCAACCAACCAUACACAAAGACAGUGUGUUAGUUGAGGAUAUUUUGGUCAUUUAUUAGUCUGUUUCAUUUCAAAGAAAUCUGUUUGUUUUUUCUUACAGCAGUUUUCUGUUGCUUUUCUGCUCUCCAAAAGUGCUGUACAGACAGAUGAAUGACAUAUUCUCUUCAUAGCUGCUCAGACAGGGGUUUCCCUAAUGUAUCUUAGUACUUAAAACAGUCUUUCUUAAUAAACUACUGUACUGGAUGUGCAGCGCUGCAAACAUGAGUGUUACCAUACUUUGUUGAGCCUGAACACGGGAUUCAUUUCAAUGCAAUUUGGGACUUGGUCUGAAAAGAUUUGACAGGCCACUUUACUUCUGCCAUUUUUUGUAACCUGAUGAUAAUCUCUUUGCAUAGAUGCUUGUGUGAAGUGUUGGCUGGGACAAAUCUGCAGGGAUCAAAUGGGACAAAGUGAUAACAUGAAGCCUUUUCAUCCUGUGAGAGUGAAAAAUAAGAGGAAGGAGCUGUUAGUGAAACCCUGAAAUUGUCCGUCCCAAAGUAUAGUCUGUGUCUUGAGUCCAUAUAGGGGGUGUCCAUCGGAGGAGCAGCAGUGCUUGUAGACUGGGAGGUCAUCGGUCAAUGGGAUUGUUUUUAUCAACCUGUAACUUUGAUUUGAUGUUUUGUAAAGAAGAGAACACUGUAAAAAAAAAAAGAGGGACAAUGUACAUUUCUUCUAGAAUGUUUGGUCUCACACUAAGUGUAUGCCUUUAUCAAAUGAAAUAAAUUGUAUAUGAAACGGAAUCUUUUCUCGUUCAUUUAGAAAAUGUGAAAAUAAACAUUCAUUCAGUC